AUGAAUAACUCUUAUUCGAAUGAAUGCUUGUUUUCCGAAAAUAUUGAUAUUUUGGAAGUAAGCCCUGAAAUAUCAUUAUUAUUUGAAAAAUGGGAGCUAUCGUCUGGUGCUAUAUGUAGACUUGUGAAUUUAAAAAUAAUUAGUAUCGAUAUUUUUAAAAUGAUGCAUUCUCAUGAUAUCGAUGAAAUUUUUAAUGACGAACAACUAUUGGUUGAUAAAAUAAGGUUUAGACACGGACUUUCACUGUGGCGUUUCGAAAAUAAUCUUGAUCCAAUCAUUUGUUGCCCAAAUUUUCAAGAAUCUCAAUAUAAUAACAGAAAAACGCUACCAUUAAAUAUAAUUAAUGAAAGCUGUAAUGUUCCAGUUAUCCAAUCUAAUAUAGAUAUAAAAAGUAUUCUUAUUAACACUGUGGCCGGUAAAGAUAUUAUUGAAAAAUAUAACACUACAAAAUAUUUAAGUGAUACUGAUCAAAAUGCUAUUGUCAAAAUAAUAGCUGACCAUUUUAUAUUAAAUACUAUAAAAAUGGAUCCAAAAGUAAUGAUAAAAAUUGCUCAGUCUAUUACAUACUUGUUUCCAACAGAAAAUGCAUUGACAUAUUUCGUUCCACGUACCAGUAAAAAAAACCCAUCUGGUAAAUUAUAUGAUAGAUAUUGCAACUGUUUGUAUAAGCGAAAAACUCUACCCGAUGAUCAUGUCAAGAAAAUCAAAAUUAAUGUUGAAGCUGAAAUUUCUGCAGAAAAUGGUGAUGUUGAAUUUGAGAAGAGAAAAAAAUGGCUUUAUUGGAACACACCAAAUGAUAUAAUGACUCCGUGGAAGGAGACUUCAGUUAAACGAAUGAAGGAGCAUAAAGAAUCAAUACAGCAGUUUCUUGAUCAAUGGCCGAGAUACGGCGAUUGUAAUGGUCACGAGUUAAUUGAUAUUGACUUUUCAACCCUCUAUCCUGGCAAAGAAAUGAUAAUGUUUGAAAAAAUAGAGGACUUGGUGCAGAAAGUGACUAAACUAUUUUUUCCGUCGUCUAUAAAAGAUAAACUAAAUCAGCAAUAUUUUGAAAAAAUGAAAGUAGCAAGUGAUAUAAAUUGCAAGCACUUUUAUUUUUUCAACUUACUACAUGCUAUUAUUUUACCUCCACGGAUCAGUAAAAUAAGUAAGCCAUCUAUAACGGACGCGCAAGAAGAUAUGAUAACACAUAUUUUUAAUAUUAAUAAUUAUCAACAAAAAGUGGAUGAACUCAAGGAGUUAGCCUUAAGAGAAGGACUAACGUUUCAGCCGAAGGUUUUUGUUGUUGGUAAUUCUCCAGAAACUUUAAAAGAAUUUUAUGUGAAUUUAAAUAAUAUUCUGUAUAAAGUAGGAAGUGUACUUAAUGCAUUAGAUUUAGUUAUGAAAAUAUGUUUUGUAUUUAAUUUAGAUUUUUCAUUUAAAAGCAAAUAUGUGUGGAUCUUUUUACAGAUGAAUCAUAUUCGAAGACAUGAUGUCAAUUCACCUCUUGAUAUAAGUUGUAUUUCAUUGCCAAAAACUUUAAGAACUAAUGAACUUGAAAGCCUAGCUAAAAAUUCAAUAAAUAAUGAAGAAGAGGAUAUUCAAGAUGACAGUAUCGUAAAUAAUGUGAAGUCUAUUUCACCAG